UUUACAUAAUCGUCUCUAAUUCGAAAGAAUUGCCAAAUCGCAUGAGGGUCUCGUCAAGAACAUUACUCAUUUAUAGGAUCGUCAAAAGCUGUUCACCUAAUUGAAAUCAUUUCGAAUCGUCAGGAUCAUCCCUGAGAUCAUGUCCGCCUCCCACGCUGGCGCGCUAAAGUUUCUGACCAAAGAUGCCCCUGCCCCAAUGUCAGAAGACAAUACGAACAUAGCGAAUUGUUGUCCAGUAGCCGCUUUUCUCCACGAACAUUAUAAUCUUCCCUGAGUAAAGAAGAUAUCAUAUUCCAGAUGGUGCACGACGCUAAGCAUCACUUCGGGCCCAAGAGAAUGGCGCAUGACCUGGACGCCUUCAGUAUAAGAAGAAUGGCAGCAAAGUUGGCGCAAUACCUAGCGCACUGUCCAGAAUGCCAGACAAUGCAGACCGAUCGGCGAAAACUCCUCGACGAGGUAGUUAAGAAUUGGUGUAUUCUCCGAGUUGUAUGAAGUAGCUGCGUCGUCGACUCGAAACAAAUCGGAUAGCUGCCUCUUAACCAAUUCGAUUGGACGAGAAGUAUCCCGGCUUCUUUAGCGUAUUCUAACCUGGUUUGACACUUAUCUGAUGUAUCAUAUUAUGAUAUAUAUACCUUAAUAGAAGCAUGGACAGGCACAUACUAUUGGAUAGCAGGCCUAGAAAGCUAUCUGAUAUAUGACUAGAUCGAACAGGGAGAGACAGCGACUACCCAAUCAAACUUUCUC